AUCCCCAAAAAGAAAAAAAAAAUGAAGAAUUUUGUUUGUUGAAAACACCUUAGGGUUAGGGCUAGGAUUAGGGUUUUGAUCUAUAUUUUGUUCAGAUUCGCAAGACGAGUCGAGAAUUUUGGGUUCUGACGGGUUUAGUUAGUAUUCUGAUUCAAAGAUCUAACAGAUCUAACGGUUAGUAAAUUUGUCGAAAUGAGUCGUCCACAGGAACCACACCAGCCUUUCUUUCCUUUUGGAAAUCCUUUCCGUAUGUUAUCACCCAAGGGUUCUCAUUUGUCUAAAAAGCUUCUUUUACAACUGAACACUUUUGAGGAAAACUUGGCAGAAAGGCUGAGAAAUCUUAACCCAAAAGACAAAAAUGACAUCCUUAGCUUGUCGUGGAUGAAGUCAGCAAUGGAGUCACUUUGCAACACUCAUAACGACAUAAAAGAUCUCAUAUUUGAGCUUGAGCUCCCUGUGAGUGAUUGGGAUGAGAAAUGGAUUGAUGUGUACUUGGACAUCAGUGUAAAUUUGCUUGAUAUAUGCAUUGCUUUUAGCUCUGAGCUCUCAAGAUUAAACCAGGGAAAUCUCUUGCUUCAGUGUGUACUCCACAAUUUGGAGUCUGCCUCUUCAAAUGUGUUUAUCCGGGCCAGUUCUUCACUCGAUAGCUGGAGACAGCAUAUUAAUGCAAAGAACCCUAGACUCGAGAACUGUUUCACCAUUUUGGACAAGCUUGAGGCAUCACUGGAUCUUCCCAAGGUUAAGAACUCAGCCAAAGGUAAGGUUUUGAUGCGUGCUAUGUAUGGGGUUAAGGUGCAGACAGUAUUUAUCUGUAGCGUUUUUGCUGCAGCCUUCUCUGGUUCUGAAAGAAAGUUGUUACAUUUGCGUGUUUCUGAGAAAUAUAAGUGGGCACAAGAUUUUACUGAUCUGCAGGGUAACAUUAAUGGGGAAAUUAGAAAUAUAUUUUCCAGUGGAGGAGUUAAAGUUUUGAAAGAGCUUGAGGUAGUUGAUACAAGUGUCAAGAAAUUGUAUCCCAUGAUCCAAGAGGGUGUGGACCUGGUUGAAGUGGAAGAAGCAUUCCAGAACUCUGUUUCUGAUUUGGGAAGGGGAACAGAGAAACUUAUGCAAGGACUAGAUCUUCUCUCAAAGGAAGUGGAUGGCUUUUUCCAAAUAGUUUUAACUGGGCGUGAUACUCUCCUUGGUAAUCUAAGAUCGAAUGGUGCUCUCUCCGACACAAUGCUUGAUGUAGCAUGAUGAGUAGCAAAUUGAUAAUGUUCUGGCUAAACUCUCUCCUAUAUAUAGAUGGGCGUAGGUAUUGGGUUUUAGGUGAAAGUAUACCAUCUUGUUUUGCUUAUUGUACUAAGUAUGGUGUGAGUUGUAAGGUAUGUUGUGUUAUUGUUCUACCGGUUUGUAUAUGGGUGUUGUACCAUGUAAUGUCAAUAUCAAAUAAAAGGUUGAAAAGUUUGUUA